GCUAAAUGAACAACUAUUUAACCAUCUAUAGCUUGCUCAUUACUCUGUUGGCUUGUUCAGUGGUCUCUGCAACACAACACAACUGUUCCUGUUAUAUAUAUGUCGGCGGCUAUUAUGGACAACAGCCUUAUCUUCUGGGUAAUAUAGAUAAUAUGACUACCUGCAUGAAUUGUACACAAGAAAACUGUCAAUCAACUUUUGCUAGUGUGUUAGAUGCACUUGAACAAUAUUACAAGUAUGCAUAUCCAUUCUAUAUCUAUCCGUAUUGCCCGCAACCACAACCUUCAAGUAAUACGACGGUACAGUCUCAAGUGAGCGAACAAAUACAAGAGAAUAUCCAAGUGUCGUCCAAUCUACCCAACGUGAAAGUGAAUAUAAGUUCCGUUGCAGAUGUGAAUGUGAAAGAGAAUGUGCAAGAUUAUUAUUAUCCUUCUGAUUAUUACGGCUACUACCCUUCUGACUACUACAAUUAUUAUUAUUAUUCUUCAUGGUAUAAUCCUUAUUAUUAUUAUUAUUAUCAGCCAGAAUGUUGUCAAGGAGAUUGUGGUGAACGUUACAAUGUGUCCCAACAACUGGCCACUAUGAAUACCCAGAUUCAAAGCAUUAUGCAAAUGUUGGAGAGUUUGAAUCAAACCAACGAAAUAGAUGGAAUGGCUACCAAUCUGACUAUUCUUGCCAACUAUGUUUCCAUGUUUGAGAGUACCACCAAUUCCAGCUUGAACUCGACUCAAACUAUGUUGUCCAACAUAGAAAUGGACAUGAGCAAUAACUUUACGAAAUUGUACAAUGAAAUGAUGAGUCUUGGAAAGAACCUCAGCAAGGACAGUAACCAUACGAAGGAAGAGAUACAACAAGUUAUUUACGAUUUGGAACAAUUGAAUGGAACCAUGUCCUCUCUUAACUACACGACAAGUAUCGACAUAAUAGAGACGAAUAUUUCUACAUUGAAUAGGGAAUAUAAGGAUUUGAAAAGAAAUAUGUCAUCAUUGCGAAGUCAACUUGCAACGGCAACCAGUUCCAGUGAUCCAUCCAACAAAGCCGUGUCUUCCAGUUCAACUAGCCCUACUGCAAUUGCUGGCGUUGUGUUGGGAAGCGUUGCAGUUGCAGGGAUUGUAGUGGUUAUUGUUUUAGUAGUUAUGCGUAUUAUUGUGUAGUCGUUGCUGUCUUUCGGAAUAAAGAUGCUCC